AAGGUUUGGCUUGUAUACUACCAGACGUGCUGCUUGAAACGGCGAACACCUCAAUUGUACACCUAGGUAUCAUGCUCAUCUGCGGCAUAGGCAUUUCGGUACCAGAGCUACGUAUGGCGGGGCAGAUUGACCUCUGAGGAUGUCAUUUUGCUUCGUAAGGUACUGUCUUUGCUGCGCCGAUAACAACCGAUUGAUCGAACGCUCAAUAUGUUUGCUGUGCACCUAGCCAUUCUUGUGGUACUGCCAUUUGUAGUAGCAGCUCUUCGUGGAGCACAGCGACCAUUGAUAAGCGCGCCAAAUGGCGGCCAAGAGCUCAUGCGAGUCUUGAAAGAAGCGUCCGUUAUACCGGAUGUUCUUGACAGCUUCACGCCCAGGGUUACACUUUCCUUAUUCUGGGAGAAUGCCACAGCCGAAUUGGGCAACCUGAUCAAGACGUCACGGCUACAGAGACCGCCAGACGUGCAAUUAAUCGAUCACGUCCCAAAUCCGAGCUCUAGAACCAAGAAGCUGGAUCCAAAGAUGCAGCUCACGGUCGCUAUGACCGAUCCGGAUGCGCCGAGUAGAGAGGAUCCGAAAUGGAGCGAAAUAUGCCAUUGGAUCGCUACCCACAUCCAAUUGACUGACCCUAGAGACAAUAUGAGCGCUCGGGGCGGCUGGAGUAAGGAUCCGGAGACUGUAAUGCCGUACUUCGGGCCUAAGCCUCCUGCUGAGACGGGUAAGCACAGAUACGUUCUCGUAGCGCUGGCGCCGGCAAAUGGGACGACGGAGAGCCUUCACCUGAGAAAGCCCAAGGACCGGCGCUUCUGGGGCUAUCAGGAUGAUAGGAGAGGUUUGAGAGAUUGGGCGGGAGAGAUGGGCUUGGAAGUUGUUGGUGCAAACUUCAUCUAUGCACAGCACGACGAGCUGUGAUAACGUGUCUGUCCGCGCAAACAGUCCCGUUCUGAUCUAUAUCGGCAUCACUGCUCUAAGUCAUUGCAGCCGUUACACCAGCACCCCACUGAGGAAGUGGCAUGCGGCC